AUAUUUUUAAUUAAAUACAAAGAGAAUUUCCUUUUUAUUGCAACAAAUGCUUAUUUUAUUUUUUAAAUCAAUGUCAAAACUUUUCUUCUCCUGAAAUUAUAUUUAUAGCUUAUGCUCUUCAAAUUUAUCAAAGUUAAUAUAUAUUUAUUUGCUAUAUUAAGAAGACAUCGCAAAAUGGCAACGACUUUUAAAUAUUGGGAUGAUUGCGUUCACCCAUUAGAUAUUGAAGCCUUAUGGUUAAAUCCUCAAGUUAGAACGGAAUGGCUUGAUUCUGGAGAAACAAAGGGCCAAAAAGUUCACCUUUCAAGAGAUCCAGAUGGACAACCAUUCCUUACACAAACUGAGAUGAGGGCCAUUGCAGAGAUUAUUGACCGCAGACAUUUUCAUUCUCAAAUAGAUGUGGAUAUGAUUUGUGCUAUUGCCGAAUUAGAAAGUGAUAGACAAGUUCUUGCAACACGAUACAUAAAGAAAACAAAAGAAACAACCCUAGGUGUUAUGCAAAUUUCCCCAAAAAUUUGCAAUUGGAUGUACAGAGAACAUGGAUAUCGAGCAUGUAUGGUUGAUGAAGAGAAAUCGACAUUAUAUAGACCUUUCGUAAAUAUAUAUUUUGGCGUUGCUUAUUUGAAGUGGUUAUCUAACUUUGAACAUCGGGCAAGGGGUGAAGAGUUUAUCGUUAGAGCCUUUCAUGGUGGUACGAAGAAGGCAACACAUAAAUCAACUAAUCCUUAUUGGAAACAAUAUGUUUCUAUCAAAGAAAAUCUUCCGUCAAGGAAGUUCAUUGCUCAACGUCCUAUAAUGGAUCCAAAUUCAAAUCUAAUUCCCACUACAACAACAACAAAUGAUAUUAAACAUAUACUUUGGGAUUCGAGAGCUUCUCCAGAAGAUAUGGAACAAAUGUGGAAUCAUCGUGAGGUUCAGAAGCAAUGGCUGAAAUCUCGAGAGACUCGAGGACAAGUACGUUUCUGUAAGGAUGUUGACAAAGGUUUAUAUAUCUCCAAAGUGGAACUUAAGACUGUUGCUGAAAUACUUCUUUCCAAGCAUUUCAACACACGUGUUAUUAAAUCGGAAUUUUUAUGUGCUGCUGUUGAGAUUAUUAGUGCACGUUUUUUAAAUGGAGUUGGAUCAAGGAUUGGAUUAAUGGGAAUCGACUAUUCAACCGCUGAAUGGAUUUACAAAGAACUUGGCUACAAGGCAUACAAAGUUGAAUCCGUAGAGGACUUAAAAAAGCCUUUUAUAUCAAUGUAUUUUGGUGCAGCAUACAUGAUUUGGUUAUCAGAAUAUGAAGGAAGGGAAAGAUCUCCACAAUUUAUUAUGAAGGCUAUAAUUUACGGUCCGAAAAAUGUAACUCUCGAGGAAACAUGUCCAACAUGGCUUAAAUUUCAAGAGCAGUUAAGCUACUAUGAGAGUAUGAAAAGGCAAUCCGAAAGUUGCAAUAUAAUGUAAUUUGAAGAAUAAUUUGUAAAUUAAAGUAUGUUAUUCAAUUCGUGUAAAAGGAAAGAUCAUUAGUAUUAAGUAUAUAUACUACUUUUUUGGCUCGUACUUUGUAGGGAUGAAUAUAAUAUUACAUGUGGUGUGUUGAAAUUUAUGAUUUUUGUCAUUUAUAGAUAGAUUUAUAUUGAAAAAUUACAAAGUAUUGAAGUUCCAGGAGUUUGAUAGGGAAAGUUCAUAUGCGCAUCUUGA